ACUGUUGUAAUAAAAAUUACUCUGAAUUAUAUCCUAAAUUAUUUUCCAUUUUUCAUUUAAUUCAUUUUCUCUCUCCUCUUCAAAAAAGAUGGACCUCCAUCAACACCACCACCAUGACGACCCCACCACCACACCAACCACCACAACCACCAUUCCAAAUCCAAAUCUGAACCCGAACCCGAAUAGGGCAGAAGCAGAGCGUCUUCUUGGUAUAGCUGAGAAGCUCCUUCAGACCCGAGAUCUAACCGGCUCACGAGAAUUCGCCCUUCUUGCUCAAGAAACCGAACCGCUUCUCGAAGGAUCCGACCAGAUCUUGGCUAUUACCGAUGUAUUACUUGCGUCGGAACAUCGAGUCGUUAACAACCGUCACUACGAUUGGUAUGGCAUCCUUCAAAUCAAUCGUCAAUCUCUUUCAUCCGACCCUGAUCUUCUCAAGAAGAAUUAUCGCCGUCUCGCUCUCAUCCUCCACCCCGACAAGAACCGUUACCCUCUUGCGGACUCUGCAUUUAAGCUCGUCGCGGAUGCGUGGGCUCUUCUUUCGGAUCAUUCCAGGCGGGGGCUUUACGACCAUGAGCUCAACGUUUACGAGAAGGUCGAGCUCCCCCGGCACGGGGCCGAGAAGGAUAAAUUGCCCGUCCGGAGGAGCCCGCGCGGAGGGGUCGCAGGGGGCGGCGAUGAACCGGGAUUCAAUUCAUCCGAUCCAUCGCCGCCAACUGCCGCCCCGCAUACUGCCUCGGGGAAGAAACAAACCCCCCGAGGCAGUACCGUGGGCGCGGGACGGGGUGGGGGAGCAACGGGCAGGACGACCAAUUUUUGGACAGCCUGCCCGUAUUGUUAUGUUCUGUAUGAAUAUCCGAGGGCUUACGAAGACUGCUGUCUUCGAUGCCAGAAUUGCGAGCGAGCUUAUCAUGCCACGGUAAUAAAUUCACUCCCGCCAAUGGUGCCCGGAAAAGAGGCGUAUUAUUGCUGUUGGGGGUUCUUCCCCUUAGGGUUCUCGCUCGAGACUACCACUAAGGGGAAGAAGAAGGUUGGGUCUAAUCAAGAUGGCAUUAACAAUGUGAAUGCUAAUAAUAAUGGGAAUAAUAAUAGUAGCAAUAAUCCGAAUUCGGGUUUUCCGAAUUGGAUGCCUGCGGGCAUGUUUACAACGCCCGUGGCAGCUGCUGCCGCGCCUCAAGGAGGCGGGGCAGCUAUGAAUAUGAAUGUGCCUGUUGGCGGUAUUGAUAUAUCAGAUGGCAGUGCCUCUGCUGGUUUGGGUAAUAACAAUAAUGUAUCAGCAGGGUUUCCGACUGUGCCACCAGGGAUGGGCACUCAGUCAGCCAAGAAGCGCGGGCGCCCCCGGAAGAAUCCAUUGCCUGUGUAGGAUUGUGGUGGUUGGGAUUAGUUGUUGAAUUUGGGUGGUCAGACAAUGUAGGAUGAUGGCUAAUGAUUCUAUAUGAAUUAUUUUAGAGGAUUGGGUGGAAAUAGAUGAAAUUUUCCAAGGGAAUAAGGAUUGCGAAAAUGCGAAAAUUAGCACCUCUAAAGGUGGGAUGGAUUGAUGGGGGAGAAGUGAAGAAUUUUGAAGUUGAAAGCUGGUUUUAUUGUUGGUGUUUUUUAAUCUGGUAGUGUAGAUUAAAUUUAGAUGUAUCAAUAGUUUGUACUUUGUAGAACUAACUCACAUAAUCACAGUUAUUUAUGUUGUAUCUUUGUAGUGAAUUUGUAAUCUAGGGCUUUCCCCCUGGUUUGGGGGGUUGAUGUAUUUAUGUUUGUUUACAGCAUUUUGUUCCUUCUGAGAAAAAAUUGAAAGCUGAAAAUAGACAUGUUCUUUCUAGUUUUAUCUGUUUA